UAUAAAAGGCUGAUAGUGUCUCUCGCUCCUCUGAACAAAACGCGUUUUUGUCGAUAGACCGCCGAUUUUUAUUUUCCUGAUGAUCAUUCGAUAAAAUUCGCGUUCUAAGUAAAUAUGCGCGCGUGCUUUAGUUAUGUAGGUGUCAACACCCGAAGCUAGAUAAUAACUUCUACUAAUAGAGGAUGCCGUUAAAACUGUUCUUCGUUUAAACUAACAAAAAAAAAUGUUAUUUCGACAAGUGAUCAUAAUUCUCGCCUUAGCUAUUCCAUCCACGUUUUGUGCGAACAUACUCUUUGUAACGUUGGUUUCAUCGCGUAGUCAUCACAAAUGGAACGAAGCUUUGGUGCAAAAACUUUUAGAAGGAGGACAUCAAAUCACUUUGAUUGGACACGAAGAAAGUGAUGUUCAAAAUGAAAAUUAUACACUUUUUCAAAUUGAAGGUAAGUUAAAUAUUAGUGAGAUGGGAUUAGAACACAACAUGGACAAGCCAGGACCUAGUAAAAAACGUAAGGUUAAAGAUGAAAAUCGGCAGUUUCAAGAAAUUUGGACUGAGAAAUACUUUUUCGUAUGGUCGCAUAACAAAGUCGUUUGUUUAAUUUGCAAGAAUUCUGUUGCGAUUGCAAAGGAAUAUAAUGUAAAAAGGCACUAUGAAACGCAGCAUCCUACUUUUACCAAGUUUACAGGCGAAUUAAGAAAGCAAAAAAUGUUGUCUUUAAAACGGGAGCUUAUUGGUCAGCAAGCUAUGUUUAUAAAACCCAUUCAAGAUUCAGAAACAGCUACAGAAGUUAGUUAUGAAAUUUCUCGAAUGAUAGCAAAGCGAAGUCGCCCCUUCAAUGAUGGGGAUUUUGUAAAAGAAUGCAUAGAAAUUGCCGCUAAGAAAAUGUGUCCAGAAGCAGCAAAAAAGUUUGAGAAAAUUCAACUGAAUCGUAUGACUAUCCAAAGACGAAUUAUGUCUUUGUCAGCACUCGACGAAUCCACUGAUAUUAGUUCCACAGCUCAACUUCUCAUAUUCAUACGAGGUGUUACUCAAGAUUUUGAAGUCUUAGAAGAGUUAUUAGGAAUGUGUUCAUUGAAAGGUCAAACCAAAGGAGUUGAUAUACUCAAUGUACUUUUGGAUGAGUGUUCAAAAACUGAUUUGGACUUAUCAAAAUUAUCGGGAGUUGCGACUGACGGUGCUCCUUCGAUGAUUGGAGCCAAACACUCAUAUUAUGAUAUAGUACAGAGACCAUCAUUGUAUUCUUGGACCGCAAUAGAAAACAUUUACUCAGUAUGGGACUACAAUUACUACAUUUGCCAACACAACCUGAAAUCUCAAGCUUUAAAAGAUCUGAUGAAAUUCCCAAGAGACCACUUUGACUUGAUGGUUUACGAUCUCCACUCCGGGCAGUGCCUUUAUCCUUUAAUCGAGUAUUUUGGAAACCCACCAAUCUUAGGAGUUUCCGCAUUCGGACUUCCGCCGUUCAUCGCAGACGUUAUAGGCGCUCACGUUUACUCGUACAUCCCGUUUUACACCUUACCCUACAGCGAUAAGAUGAAUCGUUGGCAAAGAGGAUACAAUAAAGUUUUGCAAACGCUAGAUAGCAUAAUUAAGUGGUGUUUUUACAUGCCACCUAUGUAUAUGGAAGCGCAAAAAUAUUUCCACGAAGAUAUUAAAUAUUUCCAAGAGGUCGAGAGGCAGGUUUCGAUUUUAUUAACGAAUAAUGAUCCAAUUUUGGAUUACCCACAACCGUUUCCGCCGAAUAUUAUUCCAGUCGGUGGGAUGCAUAUAAAUAAAAUUAAAAAGUUGCCGAAGGAUCUAGAAACAGUUUUUGAAAAAUCCGACAGAGUUAUUUAUGUGUCAAUUGCGACAGAUAUCAUUCAAAAUCACAUGAAUUCUGGUACCAUAGAAGAUUUUCUACAAGUUUUUAACGAAUUAAACGAAACUAUCUUAUGGGCUUACGAAGAUGAAACAAUUAAAGUACCCAAAAAUGUAAUUGUAAGAAAGUGGUUCCCACAAAAUGAUAUUUUAGGUGUUUAUGAUCUUGUGAUUUUAUUUUCAACAGGCGAUUAA